AUGGGUCUGGCUGCUGAGUGGCUGUGCUUUGAGAGGCUGGGUUUCUCACAAGAGGUGAUACAUACCAUUCAGGGAGCGAGAGCAGCGUCCAUCCGGUCUUCGUACACCACUAAGUGGACUAAGUUUAAGCGCUGUUGCGCGGCUCAGGGUCUGGACCGCGUGGCCUGCCAGCUGCCCUCUCCGAAAAUUCAGGGAGACGGCCGCUCCGCUGUCCUGCAUCCUAACCCUGCCUUCAGGCCCAAAAGCAUAACAAACUCCUUCAGGUCGAGGGUGAUUACUCUGGCCGGCUUCUUCCGUCCUCCUCACAGUGAGGCUUCCACAGAGAGCAUCAGAGCACACUCUACAAGAAAUGUCUCUUCAUCUGUGGUGCUGCACAGCGGGAUGAUGGUGGACGACAUUUGCACGGUGUUGCCCGUAGUCCCGACCACCCCACAGAAUCUGGGGGGGGCGAACCCCGGUGGCGCCCUGAAGCGGAGGACUGCCAGGGAAAACUCGCCGGUGAACCACGUCUCACCAACCACUACUCCACCCUAUCUUCUGUCUCCCUGUCCUUUCAGACCUGUCUACUGGCUGGGUAAUGACACCCUGCGGGUGUCUGCAGCCCUGUUUGCAGAGAACCGUCGACGACUGUGCCAAGGGCUGAAAGCCAAAGAUGGAGUGGUGCCACAGUCAGUGGUGGUGCUGCAGGGAGGAGAGCAGAAGCAGAGGUACUGCACGGACACAGACCUUCUUUUCAGGCAGGAGUCUUUCUUCCACUGGGCUUUUGGAGUGACUGAGCCUGACUGUUAUGGAGCCAUUGAUGUGGACUCUGGGAAAUCCAUCCUUUUUGUUCCCAAACUGCCUGAAAGCUAUGCUACUUGGAUGGGAGAGAUCUUUCCUAAAGAGCACUUCAAGGGGAAGUAUGCUGUUGAUGAGGUGCAUUACACCUGUGAUAUAGUUGAUGUCCUGUCCAACCUGGGACCAGCAGUGCUCCUAACACUGCGAGGACAGAAUACAGAUAGCGGGAGCAUCUGCCGCGAAGCCUCCUUUGAAGGAAUUAGUCGCUUCCAAGUGAACAACACUCUUUUACACCCAGUCAUUGUGGAAUGCCGUCUGAUUAAGACUGAUAUGGAGCUGGAGGUCCUGCGCUACACCAACCGGAUUUCCAGUGAAGCCCAUAAAAUGGUCAUGAAGCAUGUGAAGCCUGGACAGAAGGAAUAUGAAAUGGAGAGCCUGUUCCAGCACUACUGCUACAAUAAAGGGGGCAUGCGCCACACCUCCUACACCUGUAUCUGUGGAACGUAAGGCUUUGUCAAUGAAUGUUCACCCAUUUCAUUUCCGACUGAAGCUGAAAUUAGGCUUCUCCAAAGGUGCAUGUACACGUGGUA